AUGUCUCCGGCGCCUUGUACACGUUGCACGAAUUUUGGGCGGCAUUGCUCCGUCGACCCUUCCUUUCACAGGAUUUGGAAGAGAAGCGCAAAAGAAAAUGAAUUGGAGCGCCUCAAGGGAGGUCGGUUCCCUCAAGCCGUCCCAACUGGUCUGCAGCCCCGAUCAUCAAAUCUGUUCCCCGGAGUGCCUACCGAUCGCACUCACCUUACGGAUCAAGCGCUAGAGGAUGUGAAGCUGGGCCACGUUGACAUUCAAAAUUUGAUCGACCACUACUACGCAACGUUUCAUCCACAAUUUCCCAUUCUCCCAGACGCCGCGACAUUCAUCUCACGAUACGAUGCAAACAAGCUUCUGCUAUGGUCGAUUUUGUCAAUUUCCGCAGGUGGAAGUCCGGAGACUGCAUUCCUAUACAAUUCUCUGGUCAAUCCCGUGCGUCGCCUGGCAGGCGAUGUCUACGGUCAUCAGAGCAGAGGUCUCGAACUGUGCAGGCGUUGCUCCUUCUCUGUGCAUGGCCGUUUCCCUACCAGCACACCGUCAGCGACCCGUCUUCAAUGCUUGCACCGCCCACCAUCGCUCCAAUCCGACUUCUGCUGUCAUCGUACACGGCACGAGGAGAUUUCUAUAGGCGAACGCGAGCUGACCUGCUAUGCCAUCCAACGUUCCUGGCUCAUAUUUCACAGCAUUUCCAUGAGGCUGGGAAUCCCAUCGUCAAGCACGUCAUGUCAGUCGAUAAUGUCGGAGAUUGCAAAGGGGUACUCUUCAAGCGUACCUGAAACGCUCUUGCACUUUUUGCAUAUUUCCUAUCUUGGCCAGAGAAUAGCAACACUCCUUGGUGACGAUGGCUCUGGCCCCGCGGGCCUCACCAGUGACCCUCUACGAUACAUCCAACUUCUCGAUAUUGAUUUCCAAUGCACAUACGCAUUACUCAAAGAUAACCUGUCGCAGCAAUGCAAGAUUUUCCACCUCUUCACGAGAUUAACAUUAUACUCCUACGCUUUCAACACCGAAAACGACGUUGACCAGACGGGUUUUGCGGAUUCUACUGCAACAGAAGUGUCGGGGAAAGCUCUAGCUACAGUUACGGAGCUCUUGCAACUCGCUUGCGCUUCCCUUGUUGCAAGAACAAUUCCGUCGGGGAUUGCAGUUGGAUCGUUGCUCGAAACUUGCCAGGCUGGUAACAGUCUCGUUCGACUAUGGUCCUUAUUCCCAAAGGACAGUUACUCGCGCAUCUCAACGCACAUUGCUAGGUUCAUCGACUUCACCAACUCAAAGGUAUCGACCUCCGCAGCCAACCUCCAUGCCCAGCAGGUAUGGACUAAACAGAUCGGUGGCAGACAUGCUGUAACGUCCCGCAUGUCCGCGAAUGUGUUGUUCAAUGUUAUUUGGCCGACCGAACGUGCGGCUGGCAACGCGGCACAUCUUGGUCCUGGACCCGACAAGCAACGAGACGACACAGCUACGCAGUUGGGACUACGAAACGGUACGAGCGACCAGACUUUCGUCGACAUGACUGAUCCAGCAUAUGACGACUCUGAUUCAAUGGACGACUUACAAGACCUCGACAGCUUCGAUGAUGUCUUCGCAGACUGGGCUGACUUGUGCGGAAAUGCGCCCGGGCUUGACAGAUCGAGCCGGCAUGGUGGCCUCCUUGCGCUUACCUGAGAAGCGAAACCCCGGAAAGCUGCACAUGGUCUAUGUUGAAAUUGCGAAGGGCUCAAAAGAUGCCCAGAAACAUGCAAGCACAUGUGGUAUUACACUCAAGCAUAUGUUAUCGUUGGGCAGCCCAGGCACAGUUGUGCUACCCUCUUUCAAUGUGACAGAUGCAUUCAUUUCGUAUAUCGCACCUUGUAUAUCGGGUACUGUGUACCAUCGUGUCUCAAAGGGCUAGUUUGCCGAACUUGUGUAGUUGCCAGGACACAACAAUUUUUCUCACAUCGUCAUGGCAGGUUCAAUCUUUAGAUUCCUGCUCAGAUACUGUAUCAUUACACCUCUUUCUGC